AUGGGACCUUUGGAUCUCUGGAGCCUCCUGCUGUUGUUGCCGCUGCUACCCCCUAUCCUGCCCCUGCCCCUCGGGGGGAACCUGCACAGCCCAGCGCCGUCGGAGUGCUACCAGGUGAAUGGGGCGGACUACCGAGGCCGCCAGAACCGCACGGGGCCCCGCGGCAGUGGCCGGCCCUGCCUCUUCUGGGACCAGACGCAACAGCACAGCUACAGCAGCAGCAAGGAUCCCCAGGGCCGCUGGGGACUCGGCGCGCACAACUUCUGCCGGAAUCCAGAUGGAGAUGUACAGCCUUGGUGUUAUGUCGCGGAAACAGAGGAAGGGAUCUACUGGCGAUACUGCGACAUCCCCACAUGCCACAUGCCGGGCUACUUAGGCUGUUUUGUGGAUUCCGGGGCUCCCCCAGCUUUGAGUGGCCCCAGUGGUACCUCCACCAAACUCACAGUACAGGUCUGCCUGCGCUUCUGUCGCAUGAAGGGAUACCAGCUAGCUGGGGUGGAGGCAGGCUACGCUUGUUUCUGUGGCUCGGAGGGGGACCUAGCCAGGGGACGCCCAGCCCCAGCCACAGAUUGUGACCAGAUCUGCUUCGGCCACCCGGGACAAUUGUGCGGUGGAGACGGGAGGCUGGGCAUCUACGAAGUGUCCGUGGGCUCCUGCCAGGGGAAUUGGACUGCCCCCCAGGGUGUCAUCUACUCCCCGGAUUUUCCUGAUGAGUACGGCCCAGACCGAAACUGCAGCUGGAUUCUAGAUCCACCAGGAUCUGCUUUGGAACUCACCUUCCGCCUCUUUGAGCUGGCUGACUCUGGAGAUCGGCUGGAGUUUCGGGAUGCUAGUUCCGGCAGGCUACUGAGGGACUUUGAUGGGACAAGGCCACCUCCCCCUGGGCCCCUGCGCCUUCCUACAGCUGCCCUCCUGCUUACCUUCCACAGCGACCCCCGAGGCCAUGCCCAGGGCUUCGCCCUCACCUACCGAGGGCUUUGGGAUCCUCUUGAGGACAUGGGAUCCCCUCAAAGCUUGGCCCAGACCUUGCCAGUCCCCAUGGAUGGAGCUAACUGCAGCACUGGGCCUGGGGAUCCGGACCCUGGAAUAGGGGCCGGGGUCUUCUACGGGGUGACGGUGGUGUCUGUUUUGCUUCUCGUCCUCUUCUCCUUCUACCGUCUGCUGCGGAAACGGAGCUGUAUGCUGGCACCAGGGAAGGGGCUGAUGGGGCGACUACUGGUGCUGGGGCCUGUCAGGGGAGCUGGGAGAAGCUGGGUCGUCUGGUAUCGCCGUCCCCGUGGGGUAGCUGUCCCCUGUACCACUGGAGACCCUACACCUGAGGGUCCAGCUCUGGGCUACCGGCCCCUCAGUGCCUCCAGUCAGAGCUCCCUACGAUCCCUCAUCUCGGCGCUCUGA